CCGCGAUCGCGAAAAAUCAAAAAGAGUAAAGACAAGAAAGUGGAUGAGAAGAGACCGCGGACUGCGUUCACAGCCGAGCAGUUGAGUCGAUUAAAGCAGGAAUUUGUGGACAAUAAGUAUGGCAUUGAUUUUUCUUAA